AUGCGCGAGUUGGUGCACAUCCAGGGUGGCCAGUGCGGCAACCAGAUCGGGGCAAUACGGGGCCCAAAAGUAUACACCACCACCAAUUCCCUCAUCCCCUCCCUCUACCAGGAAACAGGAGAGCAAGAGGAGGGUAGAUGGGGGGGGAGGAAUCGACGUGGUGGUGUAUACUCUUGGGGCCCGCAGGCAAAGUUCUGGGAAGUAAUCUCUGAUGAACAUGGUAUAGAUCCUACAGGCACUUAUCAUGGAGAUUCCGACCUCCAGCUCGAGCGCAUCAACGUCUACUACAAUGAGGCCACAGGGGGCCGGUAUGUUCCGCGCGCCGUGCUGAUGGAUUUGGAGCCAGGCACCAUGGACAGCGUCCGUGCUGGACCUUUUGGCCAGCUUUUCCGUCCGGACAACUUCCGGUGGCGGAUUUGGUCAGACUGGCGCAGGUAA